AUGCUGACGCCUACCGUAAUCCUUCUCGUCGUUUCUACCGUACUCGCCGACGAUUGCCUGAAAUAUUCGGACGCCUCGUAUUCGACGAUAGUCAACUGCCGAAUGGGUUGCGAAUACGAGUAUUAUACUUAUGGCGGCGUACAGUAUCGCGACGAGGGCGGCUGCGCCGACUCGGCGCAACUCGGCUGCCGCACACGCGGCUCCAAAACCUCAUGCGUUUGCAACGGCGAUCGAUGCAACGAGAUCGGCUACCGAAUGCCCUACAUCGACUCACGCGAGCGUCCGACGUCAAGCGAGGAGCGCUACGGUCGAAUCAACUAUCAAUAA